AUGACAUACCUCACCGACUCGCCCCCUCUCCCACCACUGGCCGCUCUCUUCCCAAAUAUCCGCUCUAACGUCGGCAGCCUGCCUCGGUCCGCCGAUCCAUUCACGGUCACUACGUCUACCGGCUUCCUGCCCUGUCGUCCCCCUUUGCUCCGCCUUCCAGCACAGUUCGAUCCCCUGUCGGCCAUUCUGGACGACAUGCCAAUCGUCAAGGCCGAUGGUUCACCUGGGCUGCUCGCCACAUUCGAGCUGGGUCCGCUUAUCGACUCUGGUGUUCUGCCGGAUUUGACGUCUUACGUUGACAGCCUGCGGAUCGAUGAAGGGGAAAUAGACCUCGAGUGUAUCACUGCUCUCUUCCGGGACUACUCCUUCCUUGCCAGCGCCUAUCUGUUGGAGCCUUGUUGGGAGAUGUGGUGCAAAGAUCACGAUGCUGGCUAUGGCUUAGGCAGAGCCGUGCUCCCGGCAUGUAUUGCCUCUCCACUCGUCAAGGCUGCAGACAUCCUUGACAUUCCGCCAUUCAUGUCGUAUGCUGCCUCGUAUGCACUGUACAAUUACAGCCUCGUCAAGCCGAAUCUGGGAGCGAGUGUUUACGAGAAUCUUCGCCUCAUCCGCGCCUUCGAACGUGGACUUGAUCACUCAAGUUCAGAAGCUGGCUUCAUCCUCACGCACAUCCACAUGGUGCAAGAGACCGGGCCUCUGAUAGCGGGCGCUGUCGACCUCUUGUCGACGAUCGAGAACAGCUGCAACGAUACAUCUGCAGCUAUCACCGCUUUCCAGACUCUUUUAUCCUCCAUGACCCUGAUUGAAUCCCACAUGGAACAGAUGUGGACACAUUCCUUGCCGAAAGACUACAUCUCCUACCGGACCUUUAUCUUCGGCAUCACUUCUCAAUCCAUGUUUCCUCAUGGAGUGAUCUACCAAGGCACACGCUAUGGAGACACGAAACCGCUAUAUUUCCGAGGAGAGUCCGGAGCAAACGACAGUAUCAUCCCACUCCUGGACCAUCUGCUGGAGAUACCCAUGCCCAAAAACCCGCUGACAGAGAUUCUCAGGGAUUUCAGGAGCUAUCGACCGAAGCCGCACAAAGACUUUCUCGCCUGGGUCAUGAGCAAGAGCGCAGAGAUCGGUGUUAGAAAAUAUUGCACUCAUCCUCCAUCUAGCCCUACCGCCGGAGGUGACGAGAAUCCCUGGUUGCUGCCAACACUAUAUGUUAAACUGCUGGACCAUGUCCGAAGCUUCCGCUGGCGCCACUGGCUCUUUGCAAGAGAGUAUAUCAUCAAACGGUCCUCGCAUCCUACUGCUACAGGAGGAAGUCCUAUCGUCACCUGGUUGCCGAACCAGCUGUUUGCUGUCAUGGAUAUGAUGCAAGAGGUCUUUGUUGAUAGUGGGCUUGCGAGGUGUGUCGGGCAGGACGUAGGACAGGAGGUCAAGAUGGUACGGGAGAUGAUGGAUAACGUUGCCAGCCAGAGAGAAAAGCUGGACAAAGAGGUCAAGAAGUACUGUUCUGAAAGGAGCGUCUAA